AUGAAUUGUUGGUGGGUGUUUUCGUUAUUAGUGGUGGCUGUUAAUUUUGGAGCAGAAGGUAAGAUAAUGAGAGUAAUGAGAACUUGUAUAAAAAAAAUUGAGGCCUGUAAUCAAAGACCUAUCUUAUUCACACGGCUUUGUGGUCCGGCCAUUGAGCCGGAUACCUUAUCCUGAGAAAGCUUGAAAAACCUCUCUCACUUUGGAAGUAACAAAAACCAAACUGCGGUGAUAAACAUGAGGAAAUAUAAACGCAUUUCUGGAAAGAAAAAAGACUUCAACUUGACGUUUUGUGUGUUCCAAGUACAUCGUCAGAAGUAAUAAACCGUUAAAAAUGACAAAUGGCAGGAAAAUUUGCAUAUAAAAGAAAAAGCAUGCAAACUAAAAAGGUCAAGUUUUUCACUGCUGACAUUUUCAUUUAUGGGAGGUUCUUAAUCCCUAAUCAGCAGCGUCUCCUUGUCAAAAUUUCGAAAUCGACCCAUUUCAUGUUAUGACCAGUUGAUUAAGAAACCUGUAAGGCCAGGGGAAUGUGUGAGGAGGGGCGACACCUGUAACGAGAGAACCUCUUUAAUCAAAAAAGGAGAUUUGAGAAAGGUACUUGAAUUUAGGCUUAAAGAAUACGUCCAGUAAUUAAAAAUACUUCGUAGCAAAUACUUUUGCAACUAAAAUCUGAGAAGCUGCAAUGAUGAAAUCAACAUAGUCGGUAGAAAAAAGUAAGAUUUUGUCUAAUUUCCUUGAAGCUAUGUUGGUUUAUGGUCGUCUUUGGUAAAAAUGUGACAUAUGAGCUUUUAACGAUUCUUGAUGUUUAACACUGAUAUCUGAUCGGUUAGAAGCCAGUUAGAAUUAACUUCAACGCAAACGUGGCACUAACGUGCGUGAGAACACUUAUAGUGCACCCUAAGCUUAAAGAUUUUAUUGUUGGAAUAAUUGGCCGUUUCCGAUUUUUCUCUUAGAAGUAAACAUGGACGUUGAAAAUUGUUCAAGUUGAGCAAAGUUUUUCACUUGAAAGGCUUCAAACUCGAUAACAGACCUGUCAUUUGUCGGCUAAUUUGUCGGUGCCGUAAAUAGUAAAGAGUCAGAAGUUGCCGAAAGAAUACUUGCCAUGGUGUUUUAUUAAUCUGAACAAGAAAGCGCCACCAGGCACGCAAGAGCUUGUAUCGGUUAUCACUUGCAACGCCUAUAUGCUAAUCUUUGUUAUAUUUCUGUCAAAAAUGCCCGGUAGGUUAAAAAAUUCAAAGAAAUAUAGAUACCGCGGUAAAUACACUAAGUUCACAACCAAACAUGCUUGUCAGAAGUGAAUUCUGUUGUUCGAAAGAGAAAAAGAAAAACAGACGUGGGUGUUUUAGUGCCGUCUUGUUAUGAUGUAUUUUAUAUGGAUAUAACUCCAUGCUCGAAAUAACUAAAAUACUUUUUCUAAUUUUUUUUUAAAUUUCGAUUAAAACCCACUAAAAAGGAAAUAAAAACGAAAUAAUCUGCUUCUCCUUCUCUUAAUGCUCUUCUAACCAUUGCAUAUAAGUUUCUAUCUCAAAAUAGGCCAUUUCAGUGUCGUCCCAAGUCCCUCUUUCAAAGCGAAUCUAAUGUAAAGCCAUUGAGAAGAAAAUGAUUCUUAUUCUCAUGCAAAUAAAACUCAUUUUCACAAGAAAGCAGAGGGCAAGAAAGGUUUUGUACUUAGCUUCGUUUUAAAAGUGAGAGGUUUUGGAACCCGGAUUUGCCUAUAGAUUUAAUAGGUAGGUUUUUUUUUUGUUUCUGGAAAUGAUUCGAUAGGCCAUUUUCUAGUUCAAAAAACUCUCACUUUGAAAACGAGGCCAAUGCAAAAGCUGUCUUGUGAUAGCUUCGCACUUAGUCUCGCUUUGAAACAAAGGCUUGGGGCACGGAAUUGGCCUAUAGGUAGAGUUUUGUUUUUUGUAUUUUGGGGCCUAUUGGUCAUAGUAUAUUAAGAGCCGUGCAAACGGACGCAACAUUGUUGGCCAACAACUCCCAGUAUUCUUGAAUGUUACAUGUUGCGUCCGUUUCCACACCCUUUUGCAUGUUGUUGCGUGUUGUUGUCGGAGUUGUUGCGCAAAGUUUGAAACCGUUCAAACUUUAACCUACGUGUAAACGGACGCAACAACUCCCAACAUUGUUGCCCAACAGUGUUGGGAGUUGUUGAGUCCGUUUGCAAGUAGCUUUAACAUGACCUUUAACACUCAGGGUAAGAGAACAUUGGUGGUGGUAGAGAUUGUGGUAUCGAUUAUUUAAUCCAUGGGUAUCGGUAGACAUCAACCUUACUGCUCAUGCUCGGAGCUAGCCUCUCACGCAAAUGUCAAUGCAGAUUUUCUUUUGGCUUGUCACACAAUCCUCGUGGAGAAGAAACGCGAAGUCAACGUGAGAGGCGAACUCACAGCGAGAACAAUUCUACUGUAAAUCCCAAAGAAAACUUAAGAAAGAGCUGGUGUUUUGAUGUAAUUCUUUGCAUUUCAACAGGGAAACAAAAAAUAUGUGGGAAAAAGAUCGACUUGGCAAUUGUCUUGGAUGCGUCUGCCAGCAUUGGUGAAGAAAACUUCAAACUUGGAAAAGAUUUUGCCAAGAGACUGAUAAAGAGGUUUACGAUUUCAAAAGACAAAGUUCAAGUGUCUGUUAUCGCUUAUUCUCAGUACAUCAACAUAGCGUCCAGGUUUAAUGAUAAUAAUGACGAGAAGUCACUGGAUAAUACUUUGGACAACAUUGUUUACGAGGCAUCUUCAAGCGGCACUGGAAAAACUCUGGAGACCGUCAAUUUCGAGGUGUUUACAGAGAAGAGUGGGGCAAGAAGUGCGAGGCCUGGUAAGAAGACUAUUUUUCCCAGUUCCAAAAACUUUCACUUUCAAAACGAGGCUAAGUGCAAAAGCUUUGUUGUGUAAAUGAGUUUUAUUUGCAUGAGAUUUCAUAUCAAUGGUUUCGCUCUUAGCCUCGCUUUGAAACAGAGGCUAGAGGCAACUAGAAUGUAAAGCCUUUUCACAUGACGUCACGUACACCAUGUUGGUGUACCUAAACAAUAAAACAGCGGUCACGGUAGCUUACAAUGGUGAACAAACAGAUUCCGGAAAAUCUCGUUGGAAAGUCCCGGAAAAUCCGGUUGGAAAGUAGCUGGAUUAUUAUACGACAUUCUGGGUAAUUGAAGCGGAAUUUUUUUUUGCGGACGGAAUGUUCCAAACGGAAAUUCGUAUUCCAUUUUUCAGUCCAGUUUCAGGCCUUCGCGGCUGUUUUUCGGCAAAUGGAACUGAUUUGUACAAACCGGUCUGUUCACAAAAUUUAGAACUGGUAAAUCUCGUCCCGGAAUCGCGUUUACCGUUCAGUACAUAUAUCGCUCCAUUCACCUUAAAACGGGCGGGAAGGCCUGAAACUGGUAUCAAAUAUCUCAACGAGCGGGGCGAGGGGAUCUCAUUUUUUUGCCCUUUUGGGUUGCGAAAUAUUAAACAGCGUAACCCCGGCCCUAUUUCUCCCGUUUCUCACCCUUUUAAAACUCUUACCUCUCACCCGACUUUCCUCGCCCGCGUCCCGUACCCCACCCUCCGCCUAUUCUCCCCGACUUCCGCUCCCCUUAUCUCCCACACUCAACUGGGUCACGUUACAUUAUUAGAGCUUAAUCAGCGACGUUUUUGAGCGACGUUCCUCAACCGGAAAUGAGCUAUUUUUAUUUUAAUAUGCCCUGAUGCUCCCAAAUUUGUAUGGCUAUGUGUCUUUACUCUUAUAGAGACGAUUUGACCAAACGUUUGUUGAAAAUCAGAGCUCAAUAGCGCAAAAAGUCCACUUCCGGUUCCCGUGCCUCGCUCAAAAACGUCGCCGCUUAAACUCCUUAGCACAAACUAAAACGACAUGUAUGCGCUUUUUCCCUACAUUUCAGACAUUAAAAAAGUAACCGUAGUUGUCACCGAUGGGUGGAGCGGCAUUGGUACCGAAAUGGUAAAGGAGAAAGUAGGUCAAAUGAAAAGAAGGGGAAUUGAAAUGUUUGCAGUGGGAAUCACAAACAGCAUGAAAGAUGAAGAAUUACAAGUUAUUUCCAGUCAUCCUCUAAAACACCAUUUUUUUCGGCUGACAGAUUCUAUGGCUGAAAAUCAAAUAAUUGAUUCAAUUGUUAAGCAAGUCUGUUAA